AUGUCGUCUAGAAAGAAGACUCUCUUAAAGGUAAUCAUUUUGGGUGAUUCCGGUGUUGGUAAAACAUCAUUAAUGCAACAAUUUGUUAACUCCAAAUUCUCCCAUCAGUACAAGGCCACCAUAGGUGCCGACUUUUUAACUAAAGAGAUUACAAUUGAUAAUGGUAAGCAAGUUACCUUACAAAUUUGGGAUACUGCGGGCCAGGAAAGAUUUCAGUCCCUUGGGGUGGCCUUCUAUAGAGGUGCGGAUUGUUGCGUCUUGUGUUACGAUGUAACAAAUGAGAAAUCCCUUAACAACUUGGCCUCCUGGAAAGAUGAAUUUUUAAUUCAGUCAAAUGCAUCGAAUCCUGCCGAUUUUCCAUUUAUCAUUAUAGGUAAUAAGAUUGAUGUUGACGAACUGAAGAAAAUCCCUUCUUUACAAAAGAAAUUAAAUAAUAUCACCAACAACCAAUUGGGAGGGUUAAAUUAUCCCGUUUUUGAAACAAGUGCGAAGGAUGCGAUAAACGUUGAACCUGCCUUUGAAGUGGUUGCUAAAAUGGCCUUACAGCAAGAAGAAUUGAAUGAUGCAGGUAAUGAUGUCAAUGACGACUACAAUGAUGCAAUUAAUAUCCAUUUAGAAAGCGAGGGAAGUGGAUGUGCAUGUUAG